AGUGCCACCACUGAGUGCCAUUCCGUGCAGCGUGUCUUGGGGAAAAACCAACUUAAUUUAUUUAGGAUCUGUGUAAAGAUAGACUUCCCCCGAAUAUCGAGCACAAGUACUUACAUCUUAUCGCAGGGAGAUUGUGUACACCCGAGUAGUUUAUUGCAAGACAGUCACGAUGAAGAAAGUGCUAUUAACGAAAUCCCAGCUCAUCCAGCCAGUCGUCGCAGUCGGAUCGGAUCUUCUGCCGUCCAAGCAACCAGCUCCAGUUCGUGUUAUUUCAAUGCCUGCCCAACUGGGGACCACCACGUACAAUCAGAGGAAGUCCUUCCAGCCUGUUUACGAGGAUAUUUUCAAAUUACUCAUGCGCAUUCCUGAUAAAGCUCUCACCCAACGGGUGAUCGACGCGAUUAAUGGGCGUAAUAGUAGUGAUAAGGCCGCUAUCUCCCAUCAAGGUAAACAAUGUUCUUGUGGGGCCCAAAAAGUUAAUGCUUCUACGCAGACGGAAACUGAACCCGAUCCUAGGACUAUAAAAUCCCAGGAAAAGCCAGCCAUAAAGAAUGAAUUAUUAGAAUCAAUCAAUCAAUCUACAAAUAGCCACAUGGCCAGUCCAACUUCCACUGGACCCGAAACACCUAUACCAACUGGAAAAGUUCCUAAAAAGCGGGGGAGAAAGCGAAACACAUGUGUGCCAAAGGUGGUCAAGAGAUCGGCAGCUGAAAUGGCGCUCCAGGAGCGAGAGGAAAAGCAACUGACGCCCGUGGUCACCAAGAAGAAAAAACAGGAGGUUGUGGACACCGCAAAUUCAGGGGAAUUUAGCUUUACAAAAGCGACUCCUCAGCGUCGCCAAUCGAACGAGUCUGAAAUAUCUUUCAACAUGGAUAUGCUCAACCGAGUGGAUGGCUAUGUGGAAGAUUAUAUUAACGGCUCCAGUAAAGAUCGGAUUCUACGCAUAAUGGCUCUUGAAUUUAAAAAGGCUCAUAUAAUGUCCGAAGAAGGAUUGCUGCCCAUUCACGAUGAAAUACUGCACGGUGAUGUUCACGGGGUGAAGCGUCAGAUGUUUGUGUGCAGUCACGCCAACAUGGACAUCAAUGAGCUACUAACCUCCGAUGGCGAGGAUUGCCUGCAACUUGCCUUGGAGAACGACACGGGUUCGGAGAUUAUGUCGAUGAUUUUAAGGGCUGGUUGCCUGACCGAUCAGCUCUAUGAGAACUCAAACACAGUUCUCCACCUAGCGGUUAUAAACAAUAUAAAUAUUGAGUCCUUUAGGCUACUGAUGCGUCGCAUCGACUUGAAUCUUCUACUGCUGACCAACGAUGAUGGUUACACGGUUUUGCACCUGGCAGUGCGUAACAAUCAGUUUCUGGUUGCAGAAGCAAUUAUGGAUAUUAUAGACGAGCGGGAUUUGGGAGAUGCAGUGUACAGAAGGACCAUGGAGGCUCCAAAUGCGAACGAAAGGGACGAGAAGGCAUUCGGAAAGUACUAUGAUCGUGCCUGCGAAAGACUGGAGCUAAGUAAACCGAAGUUGAAGAACCGCCGACAUAAACUAGAUGUGAUCAACGCCUCCGACGUUAAGGGCGGCAAUCCGCCCCUUUUUUAUGCCGUCGAAGGAGAGCAAGAACACCUUUGCUAUUUCCUGCUAGCACAUCUUGCCGAUCCCGAUGAGGAGAACUUAAGCAGGCAUUCCCCGAAAUCGUUUCAUUACGAAUACGCUCGCACAUUACGAAUUAACCUGAAAGUGGCCCGAGUUAUGGAAAAGAUUUUUUCGCAGUGAAUGGCAAAGUCGCUGACAGCCGGCGAACAAAGUAAAACUUUUUAAGCGGAAUUUGGAAA